AUGACAAACAGAGGCAAGCCCCGUGGUCUGAACGCCGCACGAAAGCUCGUCGCCGCCCGCAAAGAGGGUCGAUGGGCCGAUCUCCACUACAAGAAGCGACUCCUCGGAACGGCCUACAAGUCAUCGCCGUUCGGUGGCUCCUCGCACGCCAAGGGCAUUGUGCUUGAAAAAGUCGGUGUCGAAGCCAAACAGCCCAACUCGGCCAUUCGAAAGUGCGUCAGAGUCCAGCUGAUCAAAAACGGAAAGAAGGUCACUGCUUUCGUGCCCAACGAUGGUUGCCUCAACUUUGUGGAUGAGAACGACGAGGUCCUGAUCGCCGGUUUCGGUCGUAAGGGCAAAGCCAAGGGUGAUAUUCCCGGUGUGCGAUUCAAGGUCGUCAAGGUUUCCGGUGUCGGUUUGAGCGCUCUGUGGAAGGAGAAGAAGGAAAAGCCCAGAUCAUAG